GCUCGGCCCUCCCGGAGGCGCGGACGGUGGGGCUCCGCGCCUUUUGUGUCGGGUUUCGGCCGCCGCGCGCGCUCAUUCACCUCGGCGGCCGCGGGCCGAGGGACGUACGCGCGCGCGGUCCCCUCGGCGGGCGGAGGGGCGCGCAGCCACGCGUUCACCCUUCAUCUCGGUUCGUGGGCUGAGGUUCACCCGGGCGCACCCGCCUGCCUGUCCCUCGAGGACUCCAAGCCAACCGCGCGCUCGCCCGGGGGCCUUCGCCCCAAGACUCAGGCGGUCUCGCGCGCGCUCCCGCCGGCUAGACCACAGCAGGCUCGCCCCUGCCCCCUCUGCUCCGUCGGCGGACGGCCCGGGCACGCGUCCGCGCACACGGCGGCCCGGGCACGCGCGCCCGCCAAGAUGGCAGGGACCGGGGCCCAGCUGUCAGUCGCUGCUGCAGCAGCCCUUCCCCGCAGCUAGCGGCCCGGACGCCCGCCCAGAGAAGAUGAGCCCCCGCUGCCCUCCGCAGCCCAAUCAGACGCGGAGCCGCCGCGCCCGGGGCCGGCUCCCCCGCUAGCGCCCGCGCCCCGCGCCCCGCCGCCGCGCCGGGUCGCCCCCGGCCCCGCCGCGCCCGCUCCCGGCAGCGACAAUGAGCGAACAGAGUAUCUGCCAAGCCCGGGCUUCUGUGAUGGUCUACGAUGACACCAGUAAGAAAUGGGUACCAAUCAAGCCUGGCCAGCAGGGUUUCAGCCGGAUCAACAUCUACCACAACACUGCCAGCAACACCUUCAGAGUCGUUGGAGUCAAGCUACAGGAUCAGCAGGUUGUGAUCAAUUAUUCAAUCGUAAAAGGGCUGAAGUACAAUCAGGCAACACCAACCUUCCACCAGUGGCGAGACGCCCGCCAAGUCUACGGCUUAAACUUUGCAAGUAAGGAAGAAGCAACCACAUUCUCCAAUGCAAUGCUGUUUGCCCUGAACAUCAUGAAUUCCCAAGAAGGAGGCCCCUCCAGCCAGCGUCAGGUGCAGAAUGGCCCCUCUCCUGAUGAGAUGGACAUCCAGAGAAGACAAGUGAUGGAGCAGCAGCACCAGCAGCAACGUCAGGAAUCUCUAGAGAGAAGAACCUCAGGCACAGGGCCCAUCCUCCCACCAGGGCAUCCCUCAUCUGCAGCCAGCGUGCCCCUCUCAUGUAGUGGGCCACCACCCCCACCCCCACCCCCAGUCCCACCUCCACCCAUGGGAGCCACCCCACCUCCCCCACCCCCACUGCCAGCCGGAGGAGCCCAGGGGGCCAGCCACGACGAGAGCUCCAUGUCAGGACUGGCCGCUGCCCUAGCUGGGGCCAAGCUGAGGAGAGUUCAGCGGCCAGAAGAUGCAUCUGGAGGCUCUAGUCCCAGCGGGACCUCAAAGUCUGAUGCCAACCGGGCAAGCAGUGGGGGCAGCGGAGGAGGCCUCAUGGAAGAAAUGAACAAACUGCUAGCCAAAAGGCGAAAAGCAGCCUCCCAAACAGACAGGCCAGCUGAUAAAAAGGAAGAUGAAAGCCAAACGGAAGAUCCUAGCACCUCCCCAUCUCCAGGGACCCGAGCAUCCAGCCAGCCAUCUAACUCCUCAGAGGCCAGCCGGAAGCCCUGGGAGCGGAGCAACUCUGUGGAGAAACCUGUAUCCUCGUUAUUAUCCAGAACCCCGUCUGUGGCAAAGAGCCCCGAAGCUAAGAGCCCCCUUCAGUCGCAGCCUCAUUCUAGGAUGAAGCCCGCUGGGAGUGGAAAUGAUGUGCCCUUGGAUGCCUUUGAUUUGGACCGGAUGAAACAGGAGAUCCUGGAGGAGGUUGUGAGAGAACUUCACAAAGUGAAGGAGGAGAUCAUUGAUGCCAUCAGGCAGGAGCUGAGUGGAAUCAGCACUACAUAAGGUGGCGGCGCUGAGACGUCAGGUCCAUCCAAGAGGACAGCAAGAAGGCCAUCCAGCCCCAGGCCUCCAGCACACGCAGAGCACACACAGGAGCUUGGACGUGCUCAUUUAAAAGUCUUAAUCUGUGAUAAAAUAGUAAAACGAGGAAACAAAGUUCAGUUCCAGGAUUUUUUUAGAUUCUACCUGACACAGAACACCAGGUCUACUUGUCUUUCUUUGUAUUUUAUAUUUGUUAUUUAAGUGUAUAUUUCUUUUGGUUUAUAGAGAAGAUGCCCCCAAAUCCUGCUUCAUUAGAUGGUUUCCAAGUUUUCUCCUAGGUGACACUUUUAGCACCUCAGCUGGCAAUGACAGCCAGGCAUGGCAUGGUGUCACCACACACAGCAGAGCUGUCUGAGUGCAGCUCCAUCCCCAGCAAUCAUGGUGUUGAAACUGUCUGUCCACACACUGUGGUGUCUAUGUCCACACAGUAAUAAACAGUUUAUGGUCC